CGCCAUCUAGACUGAGAGGAGCGGCUCUAGUCUAUUUUUCUACAUCUUGGAGAAGAAUGGAGGAACUUGCUGUCAAGCUCGGGGCGGAUGGCGUUCACAAAAAAGUAAUAUCGCCCGGAAAAGGAGAGCUUUCUUCGUUCCCCAACGGAACAAAGGUCAAGUUUCAUUACCGCACAAGCCUUUGUGAUGGCACUCUGCUGGAUGACUCCAGGUCAAUGUGCGGUCGCUGCAAACCUAUGGAGCUCAUACUGGGGAAGAAGUUCAAAUUACCUGUGUGGGAGCAAGUGGUAACGACUAUGAGGGAGGGUGAAGUGGCUGAAUUCACCUGUGAUGUCAAGCAUUCUGCUCUCUAUCCUAUGGUUUCUCUGUCACUACGCAACAUUAGCAGAGGAAAAGAUCCAUUGGAAGGACAGAGACACUGCUGUGGAAUAGCCCAGGUUCACUCACAUCAUUCAUUAGGUUACCCAGAUCUGGAUAAGUUGCAGGCCAAUCCUCAGCCUCUAGUUUUUACUCUGGAAUUGCUACAGGUCUUGCUUCCUGGCUCCUUCCAAAUGGAGAUAUGGGCAAUGACAGAUGACGAGAAGCUGGAAGCCAUACCACACAUCCAUGAGGAGGGAAAUUCACUCUUCAAGAGUGGAGAUAUUGAUGAAGCUUCUGAGAAGUACUACAGUGCCAUAGCCUGUCUGAAGAGCUUGCAGAUGAAGGAGCGGCCGGGUGAUGAGACAUGGAUCAAACUUGACAACAUGAUCACUCCUCUCCUCCUCAACUACUGCCAGUGCAAGCAGCUCCAGGGCCAGCACUAUGAGGUCUUGGACCACUGCUCUUCUAUCAUCAACAAAUAUGAUGAUAAUGUGAAGGCACAUUUCAAACGGGGUAAGGCUCAUGCAGCAGUAUGGAACGAGCCAGAAGCGAGAGCUGAUUUUGCCAAAGUGGUUGCAUUAGACCCAUCACUGGAACCCUCAGUUGCAAAGGAGUUGAGAGCAAUGGAGGAACGCAUCCGUGAAAAACAGAAAGAGGAGAAAGGAUGCUACAAGAACCUCUUCAGCUACAGUGGCAAAGCCUCUGCUGCAGCUACCAUGGUUAGUUCUGGGUUUCCUCAUAAUAGGACUUAGUAUCUAGAUCAGUGCUACUCAACACAUGGCCCUAGAAUAAAAUAUUGUUGUUGAUGUCAUCAUCAUGGCAACAAACACAACUUUUCUUCUUACCAUGUUAAUAAAACAUGGAAGUGAAUGGGGGUAAAUUUUUGGAGGUUUUAAAGAAAUAAAUGUGAAGCUUAUAAUUUUAUAAAAGUACUUACAUUAAUUAUUCUGUCAAAACUCAUGUAUUAUUUGAGCUGUAAAGUUUAAUUAAUAAUUUUUACAGUAAUUUUAGGGUUUGUUGUAAAAUUAGCUAUAACUGUACCUAGAAAAUGCUAGGAAAGCAAUUUUAACACACUAAAAUAAUGAUAACACAUAUUGUUGUGUCUUGUGGAUAAUCUUUAGAAAUAUUGAGUAUUUUAAGGAUUACGGAUUGGCAAAAUUCACUUCAGGUGCAAGUCAAAAUAAAUGCUGUCGCUUGAGCUUAACCCGUAUUGAACCCUGAAUAUUCCUUUAAGGCUUCAAAUGUGGCUCGUACAAUCAUAUUUAUAAUGUAUUACUUUUGUUUUUUUGAAGUUUUACAUAAUGUGAUGGUAUUUUUUGGUAAAGAUGCAGACUUUUUUUUGUUUUAAUCCCCUUUUCUCUCAAUAUUGAAUGCCCAAUUCCCACUACUUAGUAGGUCCUCGUGGUGGUAUGGUUACUCGCCUCAGUCCGGGUGGUGGAGGACAAGUCUCCAUUGUCUCCGCUUCUGAGACAGUCAAUCCGCGCAUCUCAUCUGUGCAUGACACUGGAGACUCACAGCAUGUGGAGGCUCAUAGUUCUCUCCGCGAGCCCCGCACAACUUACCACGCGCCCCAUUGAGAGCGAGAACCCCUAAUCAUGACCACAAGGAUGUUACCCUCCCUAGCAACCAGGCCAAUUUGGUUGCUUAGGAGACCUGGCUGGAGUCUCUUAGCACACCCUAGAUUCGAACUCGCAACUCCAGGGGUGGUAGUCGCCGUCAAUACUAGCUGAGCUACCAAGCCAUAAAGAUGCAAACUUAAGAUUAUUCAUCACACAUGAAUCAUGUUUGUGUCUGCAUACCACACAUAGCAUACAUACUUUAAUAAAAAAAAUACAUAAAAAAAAAACAUGCUUUGUGACCCCUGAGCUUUCCAAAGUUGAGUAGCCCUGAUUAAGAUAAACUGUAAUAAACUAGAGUUUAGCAGCCUGAAAUGUUCCUCUGUUCAGUAACAUGCUGCAAUUUCUCUUUAGGGCUGAACGAAAGAUGAACUUUAAAUUUCCCACUUAUAAAGAGAGAUGGAGUUGUUAGGGCACUGUUAAGUUGGAGAACAUCCACUCUGAUAAAUAUAUCACACAAAAGUCCAUGUAACCCAUCUCUUACACCUUUGGCUUUCUUUCACCAAACAUCAUAUUGUUUAUAAUUUCCUCAUGUCCUAUUAGUAAAGUGAGGAGAUCGACCAAUGUCUUUAGGCCAUGCCAUCAAUUUAACCUUUGAUUUGCCCAACAUUUGAGGAAGUGUUAAAGAAAUGAACACAAAGGCAAUCGUGCAAUUCAAAGUAGUCAAUGGGAACUAUAACUCUUAUAAACCAGGAUUGGGUAUAUACCAGCUCACUGCCUAAACGUGUUAUCUUGUAUAUUUACUCUUUAUACAUAGCUGAUGGAAAUUCUCACAGAACCCGUGCUGUAAGAUCAGUUUGAUUGAAACAAACUUGGAAAAAAAAUCUGAUGAAGUAGCAUUUCUACCACUAUAAAUCCCAUUUCUGUUAUACUUAUUUGUAUUAAUCAUGUUUAUUUUAUUACUAUUCCCCACACUGUUAAUUAUGGCCUAUGUAUGCUAAAUGUUUAAACUUAAAAUUAAGAAAAUAAACAUUAAAUGUCAGAAUACACUCUCCCAUCAUUGAAAUGAAAAACGUACUCUCU